GAGAGGAAAACUAUUGUGGUUUGUAGCCUUAGUAACUAGUUCGAGUCAAUGCUGGUAGAUGGACGACACGGGCAGUAUAAAUGUGCAGAACGUCGUUGGGCUCCUCACUGCUAACCCGUCUGCAAUCCAAUGCCUGAAUCUACCACACCCUCACACAUGAGCCCGCACUUUGCCCUCUUCGACGAUUGUGUCGAGUCAAAUGCCACCAAUAAUGCCACUGACCCAGAAGACACCAAUAGUGCCACUGACCCAGAAGACGAGCACACACUCACUGCUUCCGGUGACCUCACCCUCAGCCCAAAAGAAAGGCUUGGCUUUGUUCUAAAUGACAUUCGCCGCCGCAAUCGUUUGCGUUUGAAGGCGAGGCGUAGGAGUGCCCAGUACAGUCCACAGGAUCCGGCUGGGAAAUUCUGGGACCCAUUGACGUUUUCACCGAUUUCGAUUCCUUUAACACCUACUGAGUAUUUCGAUAGAUAUGAACACUACUGCGUGCGACGUGCUGAAAAUUUUCAGCGUGCACAACCAGAAGCUGCCGAGGCAGAAACCCGAUCUCGUGCAGCUGAAGAGUCAACCUUUAAUCACUCGAGUGUUUCAUACGAUUACGGCCCGGAACAAUUCGUUUCUGAAGUCCCUGAACCCGGAAGUCCGAAGUGAGAUGUCGAUGAUGGAGUGUGGUUGUAUUAUAUGCUGUAUAUCCAAGACCCCUUCGAAUCCAUAAUCAUGCCC